ACUUCAACACAAACACUCACUCCCUUACUGAGUAUUGCGUGUGAGAAAGAGUGAUGUCGAGCCGACGAUCUGCAAGAGCUUCGAGAUUCACCGAAGACGAGAUCAACCACCUCAUCUUCAAACUACAUGCAUCCUUGCAGCAUCACUCAAACUCAACAUGUAAUAAAAAGAGAUCGGCAGCAAAGAUUUUGAAAAGGACAUGCAAUUACAUAAAGAAACUGCAGAGGGAGGUGGAUGAUCUAAGUGAUCAACUUUCUCAACGUUUGGCUUCAGGAGAUAUCAAUGCAGCUGAUGCAGACAUCAUUACUAGACUUCUACAGCUUUAAUAAGUUUCUAUACUAUUACAAAACGCGUUUCAUCUUUUAAAUAAAUGUUCAUAUUUUGACUUGUAUUCUUAGUGCUAUAGAGUAUUUUAAUACAAGAUCCCGGUGUGUGUGGUGCUAUAUUUUUCGAGAAGAAAGAUUAAUGUUGUUGAGGUUUAAUGGAUGUACUCAUGUAAUAUUUCAUGUUGAUAUACAUAGAAUAAUGAUAAACGUACACAUUACGCAUA